AUGAAUUCUUGCUGUUUUUCACUUAGCUACACUAGAGAUGGAACAAGCGAUGCCCCUGCACUACAUGAGGAUGAUAUUGGUCUUGCUAUGGGCAUCCAAGGAACUGAAGUUGCAAAAGAAAGUAGUGAUAUCGUAAUCUUGGAAGACAAUUUCGCUUCCAUUGUAAAGUCACGUGGAAUGAUUGAUGAAGCUUUAGCAGUUGCUACAGGUCUUGAUUAUAGAUUUGAACUAGAUAUUCAGCUUGGUAAACUAGAGAUUGUGAAGGAUAUCGUACUAGUAGCACAAAGUGAGUCGAAAUGGAAGCAGUUGGGUGAAUUAGCAAUGUCUACUGGACUAUUGGAAAUGGCUAAAUUGCAAUGUAGCUACAAGACCAUCUACUAAAGCAAGGUUAGCGUAAGAGUUGAUGACGAGAACAUUGUUCCAAGACCUUUAGUGAGUUAUGAUGAUGUCCCUUAAUAUCAAUGUAGUAUUAGCUUAUAUAUUUAGGGAUGAUUAUUUGUAUUUGACAUGUUAGUGCAAUG